AUGCCCUUUCAUUCCGGUCCUCAUUUACGUAAAAGGUGCGGCGAAACGUUUACGGCCACAACCGAGCCAACCGAGUUGUCUUCUUCCUUUAUUACCAACUGUGAAUGGCAUUUGGAGGCAACUGCAGGGACCCUUGUCAAGCUCGAGUUUACCAUGUUGGACCUUUUUUGUGGCCAGGACUAUAUCAAUGUAUCCAGUGAUGGCAUCGUAUUAGCCAACCUAUGUGGAUCCCAAUUACCACCACCGAUUUAUGCAUCCUCCACCAUGUCGAUAGCAACGGCCACAGGAAAUGCAUUUCAUGCAAUAUACCAAGCCAUUGAUGUAUGCGAUGCUUGUGGAGAUCAUGGCACCUGUAACAAUGGCACCUGUGAAUGCGCACCAGGAUUUCAAGGCAUUGCCUGUGAUCAAGCGAUUUUUUCUCGUAGCUUGCAUGGUGCUGUGUAUUAUCCUCCUCGUGACAGCAUGAUUGUAUACGGUGGGACGACCUUGAAUGGAUUGGCUAGUCCAAGCCUGAUAGAAUUUCAUUUUGGCAACAUGAGUUGGACAACACCGACCAUAGCUUCAUCGACAGCGCCUAUCGCACGUUAUGGACACGCUUUAUUUAUGCAUGAUGGUUACGUAUAUUGCUUUGGUGGAAAAGGAAGACCAGGUGUUGUUUUGAGUGAUUUAUGGCGUAUGGAUCCAGCAACAUGGUCAUGGGAACAAGUGAGCUUUGCAAAUGACAAUAGGCCGCCCAUCCUUAUCGAUCCAACGGUGACCAUUGUUUCCCAUGGAAGUAAUUCGACCCAGAUGUUUGUCUUUGGUGGAUACAUGGCAACCAACUAUAGCAUGUCUCGAAGUAUCUAUGUCUAUGAUGUUGCUACUGGGUAUUGGGAGAAUCAAUUGAGAAGGAACGGCAUUGGAUGUGUGGGAGCCCAAGGAAUCUAUCACCCUGACACCGAGUCGAUCUACUACUUUGGUGGUCUACGGGAAAACAACAGCAAUGCCCUAUUCGAGUAUCACAUUCCGAGCGAUCUUUGGUACCUGGAUCAGACACAAUUGGAGUUUCAGGGACGAGUACAAGGAGCAGCUGUGCUAUUUCAAAACGACCAAGCAUUGUUAUUCGGAGGACAAACACCAGACGACGACACGACGUCGGACAAUCAUACAUGCUUUUAUGCCGAUGCCAACAUGUACGAUUUCGCAUGUGGCACCUUUUCAUCCAAUGACAUGGCCAUUCAAUCCAACCCAAGGAUGGGACAUAGUUUGGUUAUGCGAAAUGGCGAAGCUUGGAUAUUUGGAGGACAAAAUGGUGUCGAUUUGGGAGAUGUCACGCGUGUUUCCAUUCCGUCAACAUCCAGCAUCACUGCGACUCAGGAACAACUAUGCAAAAGUGUACGAUGGUGUAGCACAUAUAAUGAUUGUGAUGAUUGCCAGCAAAAGCGUUAUUGCUCGUAUACCCAUGGAUCAUGUACCUUUAAUGACACAGAUGUUGAUUUAACAAGUGAUACUUGUCCUACGCGCAUCCCUGUCAACGUGGGUGAAUCAUACAAUGGCAUCUUGACAGAUCGACUUGUAUUCAAGACAUUUGUGGAUGCUCCCGACCAGGACCUUGUAUUUCGAUUCAGCUCCGUGGAUAAUGAAAUGGUCGCUAUUACCUUUGAAACGAUGAAUGGAUGGCAAGGGGAAAGGAACAACAAUAACAAGGCAAUCGUAUUCAAUGACCAAGGGCAGCCGUAUCGAAUCAUGAACGACACCAAUCAUAUCCCAAUCACAGCUUCAUCAAUAAUGCAAGAUCCAACGCCACUUGUAGGUGUCAGCCCAACUGUAUCCAUCAAAUCCAAUGACACACGCCGCUAUAGUGGAUACUAUGUGUACCAGCUACGCAAUACAGAUGGAUCAGCGCAACAAAUUAAGGUAUCAGUGGAGCUACACGAUUCGGCUACUGGGAAAAACGCGGAUGGUGGUCGACAACAGCAACAACAAUCGGAUCAAGAAAAUGGAGGUGGACCUUCAAAGUCACUCAAAAUAGUCGCUCUCACGCUAUUUUGCUUUGCAUGCCUUUUAUUUUUCGUCGUGGGUGUCAUUGGUAGCCGACGUAUGCGCCGCUAUGUUCAAGAAAACAACAGGAAUAAUGGACCUGGCAUUGAAGGCCCGAAUGAACUUGGCUCUGAACUCUCCCAAGGAAAUGUGCCCAACGUCUACCAUAUCAAGGUGCCGAAGCGAUGGUGGGAUAUUGCCGUCCUUGAUCCAUCAGCAAAGGGAUCGACGUAUCUUCCCAUGCCUCUCUCGGCGCAACCACUUUUAUCCACGGAUCAAGAAGAUUGCCAAACUAGUAAUAGCGACCGUCAGAUCGGAAUUACCAGUCAUGUGGAUAGCACCAAUACCAGCAGUGAUGAUGACAGCAGCUGUCAUCCAUAUGUUCUCAAUUAUGCCGUUUUGCUUCCCACGCCCCCAGUAUCAAUGAGCACCCAUGACGAUGCCAAGGAUGAAGAAUUAGCCAUGUUACCCAAUAUCACUCUUGCCAGUACACUUGUUCAAGUGGAUCCUACGCUUUAA